AUGAAAGAAACUGGGGAUGGAGAUUCGGUAGACAACUACGUUUUGACCCUUGGUAGUGAUGUUUCAAUGGUGCAUGUUUGUUUUUCUGGUGGUAGCCCCAAACAGACAUUUUCCCAAAAGUAUAAAGAGCAAAGCUUCUUUGUUAGCCCACACCGGAUUGUCAAAUAUCAGCCACGGGAGAUAGUGGUGGCGAACUUCAACAACCUCCAUGGCCAAUUUGUGAUAGAUAGAGGCGCCAUGGCAUUUUAUGGAAGAUAUGGCAGAGCUAAAAAUGGCAGAUUUCCACCAUCUUCCAUCGAUAGCACUGUGUUAUUUUCUUGUUACUUACUAGAACAGGAUUCUUGGCACAACAACUAA